CCCUCUCUCUCUCUCUCUCUCUCUCUCUCAAAUUGAUCCAAGAAACUCGAACUAGACAAUAAGAGAAAGAAGAAAGAGCGAUUCUCUUACCGAACACCAAAACAAUGGCCGAUCAACUUACCGAUGAACAGAUCUCCGAGUUCAAAGAAGCCUUCAGUUUGUUCGACAAGGAUGGCGACGAUUGUGUUGAUAACGGAGACAGUUGCAUCACGACCAAGGAGCUUGGAACUGUUAUGCGAUCAUUGGGGCAAAACCCAACUGAGGCAGAGCUCCAGGACAUGAUUAACGAAGUAGAUGCUGAUGGGAAUGGUACCAUUGACUUCCCCGAGUUUCUAAACCUCAUGGCCCGGAAGAUGAAGGACACUGAUUCUGAGGAGGAGCUGAAGGAGGCAUUCCGGGUUUUCGACAAGGAUCAGAAUGGGUUCAUUUCUGCUGCUGAACUCCGCCAUGUGAUGACCAACCUUGGGGAGAAGCUCACUGAUGAAGAGGUUGAUGAGAUGAUUCGCGAGGCUGAUGUUGAUGGUGAUGGCCAAAUAAAUUACGAAGAGUUUGUUAAGGUGAUGAUGGCCAAGUGAUCGCAUCACAAUGUCCACCAAAACCUGAAUGAAAAAAUGCUGAUUAAAAGGAAAUGAACAAAAAACAAAGGAGAAAGGACAAGAUUGGCUUGUACAACUGUGCUCGUAGUAGUUCUUGUCUUUCUUCUUCCUUUAUUUUUAUUUAAUGGUUUAGAGUCCAACCUUAAAAAGUCAAUUAGGGAUAAGUGCUGCCACUAAUGGUUGUGGUGGAACUGUAUCGUCUUAGUUUGUCUUGUAAUUUUAUUCCCCCACCCCAACCUCCCCUCUUUAAAAAAGUUGUAAUGUUGAUGUCACUUCUCUUUCUACCACUCCUCAUUUUUGGUGAAUGUUGGUGAAUAUUGUAAUGAUAUUUGACAUGCAGCCUAGUUCUUCUUGAAAAGAACAUUUCCUUCUUGUUGACAAUACCAUUUCCUUCUGGCCAGUAGGAUUAUUGGAUAUGGGUUUGAGUAAUAGGUUUGAGAAACAAUUUCAAAACUAAUUUUUUAGCAAUCUUUUUAUGGU